UGUGUUUAGGUCGCUAAGUCUCAUGCCAGGCCGAAGGCUGCGCUUGCUGCCUCUGCCUGGAGAGGGAUUGCUGCCCCGGGAAUGACUGCCCGCCCUUUAAACGCCUUUAAUUCCCGCAGAAAAGUUGCGAUGAGGAAAGGGGGGCGCUUUGAUUACCGUCCAAAAACUGAUCCUUACUGCCAGGCUCGUUACACCUUCUGUCCCACUGGCUCUGCCAUUCCAGUUAUGAAAGAAGAGGAUGUCAUUGAAGUGUAUCGAUUACAGGCUCCAGUAUGGGAAUUCAAAUAUGGAGACCUACUAGGACACUUGAAAAUUAUGCAUGAUGCUGUGGGUUUCAGGAGCUCUCUAACGGGCAAAAACUACACAAUGGAGUGGUAUGAGCUCUUCCAACUUGGGAACUGCACAUUUCCACAUCUGCGGCCUGGCAUAGAUGCACCGUUCUGGUGUAACCAGGGAGCUGCUUGCUUUUAUGAAGGAAUAGAUGAUGCACACUGGAAGGAAAAUGGAACUUUAGUUCUUGUGACUACAAUAUCAGGAAACAUGUUUAAUGAAAUGGCACAGUGGGUAAAAUAUGACAAUGAGACUGGUAUUUACUACGAGACCUGGACAGUUCAGGCAAGUCCUGACAAACAAUCAACAGUAUGGUUUGACUCUUAUGAGUGCUCGAAGUUUAUACUGAGAACCUACCAAAAGCUGGCUGACUUAGGAGCUGUAUUUAAGAAGAUACAAACAAACUAUACAAGCAUAAUUUUAUUCAGUGGAGAACCUAUUUAUUUGGGAAAUGAAACGUCUAUUUUUGGACCACUAGGAAACAAGACAUUGGCAGCAGCUAUAAGAGACUUUUACAGUCCAUUUAAACCUCAUCAGUCAGUCAGAGAGUUUUUUGUGGAUCUUGUAAGAAUAAUUGAUCGUGUCAUCUUGAAUCAUCAGUUUUACCUCUUCUACAACUUGGAAUACUGGUUUUUACCUAUGAAGUUUCCUUAUCUCAAAAUAAUUUAUGAAGAGGUCCCUUUACCUGUUGGAAGCAAAGAGUCCUUUGGUGUAUAGCUGCUUACUGAAGAACCAAACUUGCCCUUAUGUCAGAUUUGGAGCAUUACCGUGAUGGUGCUAAAGGGUCAUACGUUUCAGUGCUAACUGUAAAAGUUGUGUUGGGAAGGCUUUGCCAGACACCAUGAAAGAAUAUGCAUUUUUUUUUGUUAUUACCUGUAUAACACAUGAAAGCUUCAGCAUCUAUGACUUAGCUUCUGUGUAACCAUGGCCAUGUGCUGAGGCUCCUUUGGCUGAGCUUGGCAGUGCCAGAGGGGGAGUGGGGAGGCAGCAGCCUGCUCUGGUCUCCACAUGCAUGGCCAUGCCAUAGCAGGUAGCACCUGACCACCUACAGAGGUGGGACUCAGCAUUACAAGGACUAAAUCGGCUUAUCUUUGUCUUGGAGCUAAAAAACCUGAGUGUCUUCAUGUGUUCAGUUCCUUCAACAUGUGCCUUAGACUGGUAGUUCUGUAGUUCUUUGGUUUGUAAACUGGGACCCAUAAACUGUUCUCCAGUGUUCAGUGGCGGUGGGGGAAGGGGCAGUGAAUCUACUAGAAGAUGGCAUGGGUGGUAUCUUUUAACCACUUUGCUUCAUUCACCUAUACUGUAACACAAUACAGAUGGAUCUUCUUUAGCUUUGUGUGUUCUGUAGCACAGAGGAAAACAAAAGUGCCUCUUUUGAUGCCAACUUUGAUGCAUAACUGCAGUGUUCUAGCAGUUUCCUGCCUUAAAGUCUACUUGAGGCUUCAGUUAGGUCAGUGUCAUAGAACUCAUGGGUAUAUUCCUUUCAAAUUUCUUUAAAAAGCAUAGAACCCUUAAUAUGAAAGAAGCAAUGACAGCUUGUAGGGUGUUAACAUUGGAGUUAAAAAUCUGUGCUUGUCCCAGAAUUGCCCAUAAAAGGACACUGCAGCUCUUGCUGGCACUGAUGCUUGCAGUAGUGGUGCUGUGCCAGCUGCACGAUCCUUGAGUCCUGUUCCAGGUUCAGCCUAGAGCAGCUUAGCAACUAGUUUGUUCCCUUUAAACUCAAGUGACCAAAGCCAAGGAAACACUGGCUUUCUGGAAACCACUGAGGUGCCUGCACACAAAAAAUACACCUGCAGCAAUGUAAUCAUCUCCAAGUGUAGGCAGCUCACUUGUAUUUUUUUUAAACUAGCUGCAGAAUGAAUAGCCCUCCUACAGAGGUUAUUGCUGUCUCAUGGCCAAGCAGGAACACAGAAACCCAACUCUGCAGUUUCAUUUGGCUUGAGCCAAGCUAAUAGCCUGCUGCAGCCAAAGAGGGGUGUACACAGUGAUUUGAUUCAAAUCAUAAGAAUGGCAGAAAAUUAACCUUGUAUUUAGAAAGUCACUAAAAUUGAUCAGUUGAAUUACAUCAUCGUGUAAGGGGAUGAGCAUGAGAGCUUGUGUGAGAGUAAUGAGAGGAUGAGAACAGCUCUGUGCAUGGAAAAGCUGCUAAUUACUUCCACUGGUAGGUGAAACUUCAUUUUCUGCCUCAGAUUGAAAGACUUUGCUCUUUUUAGCUAAAGUCACAAGCCCUCAUGGCUGAACUGAGCUUUGGAUUCUUUAGAUUACUGUCAUGGUUUCACCCCAGCCAGCAACCAAGCACCACACAGCACCACCAGGAAGGUAAUCCAAGAGGCACUAGGAAAAUUAAAAAGGGUGCAGCAAGCCUGUCUACAGAAGUUAAGAUUCUUGUUGAUGACUCAUUUCUGUGACUUUGAGACCCUCAAUGUUGUUGAACGUACAUUUGUCUUCCCCGGGAAAAGCCACAACCUCAAAAACCAGUGUCUGAAGCUGUGAGGGGGAAACUGAAUCACAGAACCAAGCCAGUAAAAGUCCCAAAAGCUUCUUCUCUAGUAUUUGCUAAGCUGGAGAACUUUGGGAGGCUGAAGUAGAUGCUAUGGCAGGGUACGUCAUGCUCCCUCAUAGCAGCCUGACAGUGCUGUUCAUUCACUGAACAGUACUUCUGUGUCUCUACUCAGAACCUAAGGAGCCUACACACCAAAGUAAUUCUUUUCCCCUAGUAGCUGGAGUAUUUUGUGAUGCAUACAAGAGCCUUACAGAACUGGAAACACUGAAUUCUGAAAUACACAGCUAAUGGUAGCUGAAUCAUCCAGCUUCUAACACUCAAAAAGAUGGGUAUUUGUGAACCAGCAAUAGAGAGCUUAAGACAACUUAACAGAGCUGACUGGUUGCAGAGGUAAAAACCUCAUUCUUAAGGAACUUGAUAAAAAAUAGUUUGUGUGAAAGAUGUAAUAAUUUUUCGUGUGUGUGGUCAAAUGUAACUUCAUGGUUCUGUCAGUACAAGUGUAUAAUAUCCUGAGCUUUUUGUACUUCAAUAUCAGCCCUUCUCACUUUUUCUAUUUCAUCUGUACAAACUGCCUAAUUUAGCAUGUUUUACUCCUGCCUUACUACUCUGGUAAUAGGUAGUAGUGGUUCUAGGAGUUGAUUCAAGAGAAAGUUACAUCCUAGCAUGUAUUAGUUGCAAGUUAGAGGACAGUAAAUUUCUGGCAACAAAGAUGAAGACAACAGGACAGUUAUUUGUCAAGGAUACUGCAUCCCUUGGUGGUAGAAGCAGCAAGAAGCAGCUGUUUGAGGCGAAAUCUGGGUCCAUUCAGCAAUAGAUCACACUGCCAAUCACUUGGGGAUUCUUCCACACAGCCACGUGUGUAUUCCAAGUCUGUUUCACACUUUGAAUUCUACCCUCAGUUUAAAGGUACUAAUUAUCAGUGGAGGAGUUGCCCUUUAUUUAACAUACCUGAGUUCCUUCUGAGGUCAGUAUUUAUUCCUGCUGGGCACACAAUUGGAGAGCGAGUGAGCCUCUCAACUGGGGAGGGUUUGUGAAAGUUAAUUGUUCAGACUGAAUGCACAGCUGGGUGGGAAUAAACUCCACCAGCACAAACUGCAGUCCUGGAAGAGGUGCAGUUGUUGAACAAUUAAUUGCACUGGAAUUAGCUGAAGUUGUUGAGUGCAGUGCUCUUUUGUAGGCAGAAUCCAGAAUCCUUGAGUUAGGCCUUCAGAAUUAGAUCCAGAAUAACACAGAGCUGAUGAAUAGCCUACUUCUGCAAAGUUUAGACAAGCCUAGAAUAGGUCCAUAAAGAUUACACUUCUGUCACUUAAAAAGCAAGUGUUAGAUGUCACAAACGGCUUCUGUGCACCUGAUGAUCUGUUAUAGUUUGCCACUGAAAACCACCUAUUGACCUCAAGCAUCUGAGAUGGACAGCCUCCUCCUGAAAGUCACACAGAGGAGCAGAAAUAGUAGGAUCACACCUGGCAUCUCACUCACAGCCAGGUGGUACUCACAGCACUUGCCCAACAGUAGGAACCAGGGGACUGUCCUUACUGCCAGGCUCAAGGAUAAGCACCUACUUUCUCCAGUGGCUGUGUCGUCGAGUCUUUACUCACGCUUUGAAUACAGGACUUGUUCAUCACUUUAGACUGUGUUUGUUUCUGCUCCCUGCUGUUAUGCAAGCUGCAGUUAAGGGUACAAAUACGCAGUAAUUCUGCAAUACAACAAUUUCCAGGUCUGCACACUGGUCUUGUGCAAAACUGCUUAAUUGUUACACCACUGAGCUGGGGGGCUGUAACCCACACUUCAUUCCAGGAGAGUUCCCAAGUGAGGCAGAUCCUGGCUGGUCACACCUCAAGGACUGAGUGUGCAGCUCCUGCUCCCCAAAGGGCCGUGCAAUGAAAAUUGCUGGUACAAAUGGUUUCUGCUUUCCCCCUCACAAACCCAUUCACAGAUGUUCUGGAUUAGGAGAGCUGCCGCCUUCAGUAUCGUAACUUGUAGGCCCUUGUGUUCAGAGGUAAGAUUUGUCACUGCACGCAUUAACAACUCCUACCCAAGACUGAACAACCAGGCCAACAUUGGAUUGGAUUCUUCCAAAAACAAGAAAUAAAAGGUGAAGUCAGGGAAAAAUGAUGCAGCUGUGACACCCCUGUUCAUGUUUCUAGUGAAUUUCAUGAGUCUGUGGUAGUCAUUACUACUUAUGCCAUGAUUUUUAUGUAUUCAUUAUUCAUUUGUUCCAAUGUGUAGAAGACAAAAUAAAAUGUAAAAAAUUUGCUAAAAAAGAGCAUCGUAGCAACUCUCUUGCCUAAGUAUUACAGCUGGACUGUUUGAGCUAAGGAUGCUGUAAUUGGUUUGGUGUAUAAAAAUUGUUGACCUUCAGCAGAAGAGACAACUGCUUUCAAGCUAUUGUCCUUGAACAUAUUGAUAACCGUUACAAUACUCUGUUGCAUCCAGGAAGGACUUUUUGAAGUCUGUGCAACAAAACAGAGGCUUUUCAGAACAAGUCAGUUACCUUACCGGUGAAGGAGUUCUGUUAAAACCAAACACUUGUCAGGGUCUGACCACAGGUCUCUCUGUGAGCAGCAGAAUGCUGGGUUGCAAAUACACGAAUUCUCAAAGUUGUAUGUGGUAUUUAGGUUGUACCUUUCCUUUCAGUUAUUCCUGCUACCAGCAUGUUGGUAACUUACCUUGCGAGUAUCGGGACCUCUGUAGUCAAGGUCCAAAGAGGUGUUACUAGUGGGAUUGUUACUAGUGGCUGUGU